UUCGAAUCCUAAAAAACCUACUGCCCCUUUUGACCGCUCUCUCUCUCCUCCAAAUUAAACUUCUCACUCUUUUACCAAAACUAACCUCUCUUCCUUUUUCCUUCUUUUCUCUCCUAAUUGUUCGUUUUUUUGGCUUCCCCUUCUUCCUUCCUCCCUUUCUUCCUUCCUAUUCGACUAUCUCUUCCCCCCUCCCCAUCCCAUGACCGUCCAUUAAAACCCUAAUUUCUCUCUCCCCCUUCUUCCCACCCACAACAAUCUUCACUCUCCACUCUCGAAAGGUACCAAAACCGAGCGAGGGGGAUUCCUAAGCGUACGGAUAUAUGUCCUUCAAUCAAUCCAGGUCGGAUAGGAGUGAUACCCAGUUUCGGAAAUCAGGGCGAUCCGCCAGCUUCAAUCAGCAGCGGAACACCUCAGGCGGCCCUCCUCACGGUAGAGGCGGCGGCGCCGGCCCCGCCCCUUCACCGUCCUCCUCAUCUAAUCUCUCUUCCAACCGCAGUUUUAAAAAACCUACCAAUGCUCAUGGUGGACAAUCGAGGGUGAACGCACCAGCAGCUAAUUCUCCCGAUUACGCCAGUGCUGUUUCGGCCCAUAAUGUGCAGAAUGGCGCUCGUGUUCAACCCCCAUUACAAGGUCAUUCUGCCGGGACAGCUGCAAAUGAGGUUGCUAGGCCAACUGAGGCUCCAGUUUCACAGAGGAGCACCCGGCCAGUUCCAAAGGCUCCAACUUCUCAAUCUUCCGCCUUGACCCCCGAUAGCGGUACACCGGCUACACCUGUCAAGGGUGAUGUGCCCAAGUCAUUCCCAUUUCAGUUUGGGUCCAUAAGUCCUGGUUUUAUGAACGGGAUGCAGAUUCCUGCUCGAACUAACUCAGCUCCCCCAAACUUGGAUGAGCAGAAGCACGACCAGGCACGCCAUGAUGCAUAUAGAUCUGCUCCUUCAUUACCAAAUCCAAUACCAAAGCAGCCACUACCAAAGGAUACUGUCUCUGCUGACCAAUCAAAUAUAGUGGAAUCUCAUUUGACUCCCAAGACCAAGAAGGACACACAGAUCUUGCCUUCACCACCUGUAAGCCAAACACAAAAGUCUUCGGUUCUUCAGAUUCCUAUGACCUCCGUCCAGAUGCCGUUUCCCCAGCCACAAGUACCUGUGCAGUUUGGCGGGCCAAGCCCUCAAAUGCAGUCACAGGGUGUCACAGGAGCUUCUCUUCAAGUGCCUAUCCCCAUACCGUUAGCCAUGGGAAAUUCCCCCCAGGUCCAGCAGCCAAUGUUUGUUCAAGGUCUUCAACACCACCCAAUGCAAGCUCAAGGCCUCAUGCACCAAGGCCAGAGCAUGAGUUUUACAACUCAAAUGGGUCAUCCACUGCCUCCUCAGUUAGGGAACUUAGGUAUUGGUAUGUCCCCACAGUAUCAACAACAGCAGGGAGGGAAGUUUGGCGGUCCGAGGAAAACAACUGUGAAAAUUACUGAUCCAAAGACUCACGAGGAGCUGAGGCUGGAUAAGCGAACAGAUGUAUAUGGAGAUGGUGGAACAUCAGGCAUGAGGGCUCAUCCUAACAUGCCUCCUCAAUCCCAGCCUAUACCAUCUUAUCCACCUUCUCAUACAAUUAACUAUUUCCCUACCUCUUUUAAUGCCAGUAAUCUAUAUUAUCCCCCUCCAGGUUCUUUGCCGUUGACCAGUGGCCAAGUUCCUCCUGGGACUCAGCCACCUAGAUUCAGCUAUCCUGUUAACCAGGCCCCACAAAAUGUCUCAUUUGUCAACCCAUCUGUUACGGCUUCUCAACCUUCAGCUAAUAGCUUUUCUGCUACUGAUAAAAGUGGGUUGCAAAAGUCAUCCAAGCCCUCUGAAGUUGUCUCACUUCACUCUCGAGUGGAGACUCAGUCUGGGAGCUCCUUACAACAAGUGACUCUCGGGACUGAGACUUCUGGAUCUAAAGCAUUGACGGUAUCAGCUAAAGAUCCUGCUUCAUCCACUGGUAAUGUUGUGUUUCCCAAUCCUCUCUCUGCUGCCUCGUCUGAUCAUUCUGAGGGAUUAGCACCAGGCACUACAAAUGCUGAAGUGAAGACGAAGGAGAACCUUAGCAGAUCCAAUUCCAUAAAGGACAAUCAGAAAAAGCCAGUGAAAAAAGAAUAUGUUCCGCCCCAGCAUGAGGUUGGUGUGAAAACUACUGCAGCUUCGAGUUUGUCCGCUUCAGUAGCCACUGAUGGUUUAACUGAUCCAAACAAGGAAUCAACACUGAUGAUGAAUGCUUCAAAGUCGGAUCUUACAGAAGCCACGUUUGGAAAUGUUGGAGUUGGUACUAGUGGGAUUCCUCUUGAAACUUCUGAUACUGGAGGUGCAACUAACAUCCCCAGUGUUCUUAAUACAACUGAGACUCUAGGGGCGAUAGAAAAAGGAGAAAGUGAAUUACCCAAUGUUGCUAAAUUGGAUGAAAGCAGUUCCGUUACGUCAUCAGCAGCAACUUCAACGUUUGCAGACAUUGUGAAUAAUGCCCUGGAGAAAACUGAUUUGCCAUCAAUGAAUUCUGGCAAUGAGGCUCCUACUGUAGAAAUUGCACAUGAAGUACAGAAUGAACCUGUGACUUGCCAUACAGAAAUUACCAAGACAGCAGAUGAAAAAGAUAUUACCUCAUCCAGUAGUUUCAGUUCAUCAGUUGUUAUGAAGUUGGAUGGUGACGAAACUUUGGGCAAUGUAAACGAUACCAAUAUAGCCACUGACAGUGGCGAUUCUGGUGUUAGAUCAAGUACAGUGAAUCAGCUUGUUGACUGUGAGUCAGGGUUGAAGCAGGGAGAGGACUAUGGACAAUCUGGUUAUGUGGAAAAAACCUAUGAAUUGAGUAGAUCAAAGAGUAAUGCUGGUAAAGGGAAGAAGAAGAGGAAAGAAAUUCUUCAGAAAGCAGAUGCAGCUGGUACAACUUCUGACCUCUAUAUGGCUUAUAAAGGUCCUGAAGAAAAGCAAGAGAGUGUCAGUUCUACAGAGACUACAACUGGUAUGCCCACUAGUACUAGCAUAAAGGAUGCAACUGCUGAUGAUUCUCUUCCUGUGGGUUCGACACCAAGUGAUAGAGGAGCAUCAAGUAAACCCGAACCUGAAGACUGGGAAGAUGCUGCUGACAUCUCCACACCGAAGUUGGAAAGCGUUGACAGUGGAAAGCGACCUGGGGCCAGUUUGUUGCAGCAGGAUGAAAAUGGAAACGUAGACAAGAAAUAUUCCAGAGACUUUCUCCUGAAAUUUUCUGAACAAUGUACUGAUCUUCCUGAGGGUUUUGAAAUUACAGCAGAUAUAGCAGAUGCCUUGAUGGGUCCAAAUGUCUCUCAUCUCGUCGAUCGUGAAUCAUAUACUAGCUCUGGAAGAGUUGUGGAUAGGUCAAACAGUGGAUCGAGAAUGGACCGGCGAGGUGGAAACAUGGGUGAUGACGACAGGUGGAACAAACAACCUGGUCAUUAUGGCUCAGGGAGAGAUCUGCGUGUAGAUAUAGGUUAUGCAGCAAAUAUGGGCGUCCGACCUGGUCAAGCUGGAAAUUUUGGUGUCUUGAGGAAUCCACGAGCUCAGAGCCCAAUGCAGUAUGCUGGAGGAAUAUUAUCUGGGCCAAUGCAAUCAGUGGGUGCUCAAGGAAUGUCCAGGAACAGCCCUGAUGGUGACAGGUGGCAGCGUGCUACUAAUUUCCAGAAGGGAUUAAUUCCUUCUCCGCAGACUCCAUUACAGGUGAUGCACAGAGCUGAGCGAAAGUAUGAAGUUGGUAAAGUAACUGAUGAAGAACAGGCCAAGCAGAGGCAACUGAAGGCCAUUUUGAACAAGCUCACACCUCAAAAUUUCGAGAAGCUUUUUGAGCAAGUGAAGGCUGUUAACAUUGACAAUGCAGUCACUCUAACAGGCGUUAUCUCUCAGAUUUUUGACAAAGCUUUGAUGGAGCCUACCUUCUGCGAAAUGUAUGCCAACUUUUGCUAUCAUAUGGCUGGGGAUUUGCCUGAUUUCACUGAAGAUAAUGAAAAAAUAACAUUCAAGAGACUACUUCUGAACAAGUGUCAGGAGGAAUUUGAGAGGGGAGAAAAAGAGGAAGAAGAAGCUAAUAAAGCUGAUGAGGAGGGAGAGACCAAACUGUCAGCAGAGGCAAGGGAAGAAAAAAGGGUGAAUGCUCGAAGAAGAAUGCUUGGUAAUAUACGGUUGAUAGGAGAGCUAUACAAGAAGAAGAUGUUGACAGAGAGAAUAAUGCAUGAGUGCAUCAAAAAGUUGUUGGGCCAGUAUCAGAAUCCUGAUGAGGAGGAUGUGGAAGCAUUAUGUAAGUUGAUGAGCACCAUUGGUGAGAUGAUAGAUCAUCCGAAAGCGAAGGAGCAUAUGGAUGCUUAUUUUGACAGGAUGUCAAAGUUAUCAAAUAACAUGAAACUAUCGUCGAGGGUUAGAUUCAUGUUGAAGGAUUCUAUAGAUCUUAGGAGGAACAAAUGGCAACAGAGAAGGAAGGUCGAAGGGCCAAAAAAGAUUGAUGAAGUGCACAGGGAUGCUGCUCAGGAAAGACAGCAUCAAGGCGGCAGGGGUUCUCGCAAUCCUAGUACGCCUGCAAGAAGGGGAACAAUGGAUUUUGGCCCCAGAGGGUCAUCUAUGCACCCUUCUCCAAAUUCUCAAAUGGGUGGUUUUCAUGGUUUCCCCAGUUCACGUGGAUUCCCAAGUCAGGAUGUUCGGCAUACUAAUGAUGAUAGACAGUCGGCCUUAUCAGUUCCCUUGCCUCAAAGACCACUUGGCGACGACUCUAUAACUUUGGGUCCACAAGGUGGCCUUGCUAGAGGAAUGUCGAUUAGAGGGUCACCUGCUGCAAUUGCAGCAAGUCCUUUGACUGAUAUUUCUGCAUCACCCGGUGACUCUAGAAGAGUGGGAUCUGGUUUGAAUGGUUUUAGCGGUGUGUCAGAGCGUCCUAUUUAUGCCCCAAGGGAAGAUCUAAUGCCGAGAUAUGUUCCUGAUAGAUCUAACGUGCCCCAAGAUCGUAAUGUAAAUCAUGUUAGCAGGGAUGCUCGAAAUAUGGAUCGUGAUUCUGAUAGAUCUCAUGCUGCAUCACUACCUUCUCCAUCACAGGCUCCUAUUGAUAGCCAUAAUGCACCUUCAGAAAAUGCAUGGCCUGAGGAACGCCUAAGAGAUAUGUCAAUGGCAGCUAUCAAAGAAUUCUACAGUGCCCGAGAUGAGAGAGAAGUAGUCCUAUGCAUUAAAGACCUGAAUUCUCCAGGGUUCCAUCCUUCAAUGAUCUCACUCUGGGUCACAGAUUCAUUUGAGAGGAAAGACAUGGAGAGAGACCUCUUAGCUAAGCUUAUUGUAAGUCUUGCAAGGUCUCACGACGGAGCACUGACUUCAGGCCAGCUUGUUCAAGGGUUCGAGUUGGUGCUAAGUACGUUGGAGGACGCUGUGAAUGAUGCCCCUAAAGCUGCAGAAUUCCUGGGACGCGUCUUUGGACGAGUUGUGGUGGAAAACGUGGUGCCCCUGAGGGAGUUGGGGCGGAUAUUAAAGGAAGGCGGUGAGGAAGCCGGACAGUUACUGGAGGUUGGGCUAGCUGGAGAUGUUCUUGGAAGCACUUUGGAGAUAAUAAAAGCAGAGAAAGGGGAGAGCGGGUUGAAUGAGGUCAAAUCCGGAUCCAGUUUACGGUUGGAGGAUUUCUUGCCUCCACAGCCCAGCAGAUCAAGGAUACUAGAAAGAUUUAUUUAGGCAUACAUAAAUAUAGGGGAGAGAGAGAGCCAUGGAGGUCGGGUUGUAUGUGUUGUUAGAGAAGGGGAAUUCCAGUUUCUUUUUCUGCUAGUGCUGCUGCUCUUAGGUUUACUUAUCAUUUGAGUACGUAGUAGGAGAAGUUAUUAGUUUUUGCAUGUGGGUUCGGUUGGGGUCGGUCAGGAUGGUUUGGUUGGGGCCUUGGCUGGGCUGGCUGGCGUUUUUUUCUGGUCUUCUAAAUGUAAUGAGGCGCUGGAGGGUUUUCCCUUCUCCAUCAGUUCAGUGGGGUGAAGUUUAUUCUUGAAAAAUGUUAUUGCUCUCUCCAAACUUGUCAUAAACAAGGGCUGGUUUAAGCCGGUUUUGAUUUCCAUCUCAGAAACCAAUUGCCGGCCCUUUAGUGGCUGAUGGGAGUUAUGUGCAUCUGUUUUAUGUUGUAAAAAUGUGCAGGAGCUGUGGAGCCAAGGCCGUGCAAGUUGCUGGAAAUGGUGAUCUGCCUCUUUUCUGGGUUCUGGGUUUUUGCUCUUGGGAAUCUGGAUAAAUGAAUGUAUGGUGCAGAGUUGUAGAGUUAGCCUUUGUGUGAUGCACUGAAAAUUAACUUGGCAACAGAGCAGUUAUUGAAAUCGUGAAGCAUGAGAAGAAAAUGGAUGGUGAAGUGUUUACAAAGAGUAAAUUGGAAUAUGUGAAAACCAAUCAAUAUCUUGGAGAUGAAGUUAGUAGAUAGUACAUAUUACCCUCCAUCAAGAUGCUUUAGUUAACGACACACAUACCC